CUUCCAGCCGGAACAGGCAAUUAGCAUAGGGAACACAUGCAUCCUGUGUGUACAUUGCACGCUCGAUUGAUUAAACUAUUUCCACGCGAUUUCUUCUUCUUCUUCUCUUUCUCCUCCAUGCCCUCCUCCCCCCGGUGUUAAUAAACCAGGAGAGCCGGUGGCCGGUCCUGAUUUAGCUUUCCUGCCUGAAUUGGCUCUGGUUUUUUCUCCUUACUCCAGUUCUCCUUGUGCAGUGCUGCGUGGCGCUGGCAGGCUGAGAGAGAGGGAGCUCCAGCCACACACAACCACCCGGAGCACGGAGAGGAGAUCCACAUCAAGGAGACCACAUUUGCUACACAGGCUUGUGUGUGGUGGGGGUGGAAACAAAAGCAGGGGUCGGGUCACACUCCUGUCUCCUCCUCGCCACCAGCACCUUACACAGGGGCGAUUGAAGGCCAGAGCACCAAGGACACACGCUGGAUGCAAAAGUCUGGAGGCUCUAGGGGAGAAUUGCAGGCGCCGGAUCGGUGCAGAGAGGCGUCCAGAGAGAGCCAUGCGUGCCACAGCCUCCUGAUCCAACCUUAACAAGGGGUGGGGGAAGCCCAAAAGCAAGCCAGCAAGACGCCGAGCGGUGGAAAGUAUUCCUGUCUGCUUUUGUCUCGAAAGGCAGCGCACUGGAAGAUGGAGAUGGAUGUGAAGGGAGUUUCUCCGUGCCCGGAGCCCAUCCCCCACGCGCAGGGGGCCGGAGGCUGUCAGCAGCAGCAGCAGCAGCGGCAGCAGGAUGAGCAGCCGGGGGAAAGUGCAAGUGCCAGCAGUGCCAGCGAUCACCCGGGGAAGAGGCCAAACAGCGAGAGAGAAGACAAAAAGAGGACUGCAGCCAACAAGACUUCCGGUGCUCCUUCAUACAGCAGAUGGUCCAGUUCACAGCCACCUCAGUCCAGCUCCACAGUGAGAACGUACCAAAACAGUAAAUCAAGAGUGACCAUGAGUCCUGGGUUUAGCUCACAGUGGAACAGCAGCCAACCUGCUUGGAACACAUACACCUUUCCAAGAGCAAGCUUGCACUAUCAGUCCCAUGCCAGCUACACGUACUGUGCUGGACAUCCUGCUCAGUCCUAUGCACCAGCUCCCCACCCCAUGGCUCCUCCCAGUCCCAGCACAAACAGCAGCAACAACAGCAGCAACAACAGCAGUGGGGAACAGUUGAGUAAAACCAAUCUGUACAUUCGAGGCCUUCCACCCGGCACCACUGACCAGGACCUUAUCAAGCUUUGCCAGCCGUAUGGGAAAAUUGUAUCCACAAAGGCAAUUCUUGACAAAAACACAAAUCAGUGCAAAGGUUAUGGUUUUGUAGAUUUUGACAGUCCAGCAGCAGCACAGAAAGCAGUAGCAUCUCUCAAGGCAAAUGGUGUGCAGGCCCAGAUGGCAAAGCAACAAGAGCAAGACCCUACAAAUCUAUACAUCUCAAAUUUACCGAUUUCUAUGGAUGAGCAGGAACUGGAGAACAUGCUGAAACCCUUUGGACAUGUCAUUUCCACCAGAAUAUUAAGAGAUGCUAAUGGAGUCAGCAGAGGAGUCGGCUUUGCCAGAAUGGAGUCUACAGAAAAAUGUGAAGUAGUAAUUCAACAUUUCAAUGGAAAAUAUCUGAAAACCCCACCUGGUGUACCAGCCCCCACUGAGCCUUUGCUGUGUAAAUUUGCUGAUGGAGGGCAAAAGAAGCGACAGAAUCAAAGCAAAUACACACAGAAUGGAAGGCCGUGGCCAAGAGAAGGAGAGGCCGGCAUGGCUUUGACUUAUGAUCCAACAGCUGCUAUACAAAACGGAUUUUAUUCCUCACCGUACAGUAUUGCAACAAAUCGCAUGAUUCCACAGACAUCUAUCACACCAUUCAUUGCUGCUUCCCCUGUCUCUACAUACCAGGUCCAGAGUACUUCAUGGAUGCCUCAUCCGCCAUAUGUUAUGCAACCAACAGGUGCUGUGAUAACGCCGACAAUGGACCACACUAUGUCAAUGCAGCCAGCAAGUAUGAUGGGCCCCCUGACCCAACAGAUGAACCACCUUUCCUUGGGCACAACAGGAACGUACAUGACUGCUGCUGCUCCUAUGCAAGGGACUUACAUUCCCCAGUACACUCCUGUGCCUCCAACAGCUGUCCCUAUUGAAGGUGUUGUUGCUGAUACCUCUCCACAGACAGUAGCAUCUUCAUCACAGGAAGCCAGUGGUCAACAGCAACAAAUGACAGUGGAAACAUCCAGUGAACACGCGCCUGCAUAUUCUUACCAACAGUCUAAACAAUAAACAGGACUGAAGAAUGUCUGUCUGAAAUCUUUGCCUUGAAUGGAGAAACUUCAUUGAACAAGAAGUUGGCUUCCAGUUUGCACAGGCGUCAAAUGAAUGCUUUUUUUUUAUUUUCUACCCUUCCCAAUGAAAACAAAACAGUGUUUUUAUGUGCUGUGCAAAUGGUUCCGUCAUGUAGUCUGACAGUUUUAUUUUUGCUAUAAUUUUUUUAAAUAAAGAGAAAACCCAAAGGAAAAACACUGGGUUAACAUUUCAUCUGGAUGAACAUUUGAAUUCAGAAUUUACCUGGAGGUAUAGCUAGAUUUUUUUUUAUUUUUUUUCUUGGUUUUUUUUUUUUUUUUUUAGAAAAACAGCAAAACCGAUGAUGUCAAGAGGGAGCAAGCUGAGAUGAAAACUAAUGGUCUUCCUCAAAAAAUUAAGCUACUCUUUUUCUCAUAUUUUUCCUUCUUGUUUUAAAUCUAGAGUGUUUUUGUUUUGUUUUGAGUUGUUUGUUUUAGAAAUGUUUAGGUAAGGUUUAUCUUGAAUCUUAAUUGCCUUAAUUUUUAAGGACGUCAAAGGCUCUCAAGGCAAGCUGUCAACGUCUUGUUAGAAAACCCGAGAAGGAAUUGAAACCUGCUUACACCAGUGUCAGCUGGUGUGGAAGUUUAAUAGACUGAAUUUUUGGGGUGAACAAAAAAAACCUGUACAGUUUAAAAGAAAAUGAUUUUCUUCUUUUGAAGAAAACUUGAUGAUAAAAGAACUGUGGCAACUGAGAGGAUUGGAAAAAGUGCUGGGACUUUUAUGAACUUUGUCUUAAGUGUUGACAGAAAAAAAAUUCUAGAAGGCUAAAGCAUUUUACAGUAAAGUUAUUGAAUUGAGAAAAAAACUAACUGCAUUAUAAAGAAUGCAGGGUUUUUUUCUUGCAGAAUGCAGAUUUUUUUUAUUUACAAAGCGUGAUCGCUAGCAAAAGCAUUAGUGCUUUUUAUCUGCAGUCUUUUUUAUGAGCUUUAAGAAGUUUUUAGUCUGCUUUGCUUGUCACAUUGCAAAAACCUAGCUUAAGAGCAUUAAAAAAAAACUUAAGUAGAUAGGAGCUUAUGGUCAAAAAAGUGCAAAAAAAGCAAUAGAUAGAAGAAAUUGUUGACAAUUUCUGUAGUCUUUCAUAGUUGUGAUCAAAUGCAGCCUAUGGAUGGCCUAUUUUAUACCAAAGAUGAAGUGACACCCUAACGCAGUCCAGAAGAUAGAGGUUUUUUUUUCUUUUUUUAUCUUUAUUUGACCUACAUGGCCGGACCAGUUCUUACUUUUUGUUUGUUUAAACUAUCUUCCACUGGUGUUUUACAUACUGCCUAUGUUUAUAAUGGAAAUUUCAGAGUAAUUGGUACUAAAAACACAUACCUGCUGUGUUUUGGAGAAAUUCAGUGUGAGGACAUCUGGGUUACCAACUGGUCUUCAGCUGGGCUUUAAUUUCUAUGACCUUUUUGUUACAUUGCCUAUUCCUUUGUAUUUCUACCAAAACUACAGUCUUCCUUCUGAAUUCCAACAUCCCACAGAUUCAUUUCCUCACCUCAGUCUUUGUCAUCUUCCAGCAUGCAUAGCCACCUUGAUUCUACAUCUGUUUUUCAGUAAUGCAUUUGAAUCACCGAUUAGAUGCCACAAAAAGCAAAUUUUUGUUGUCUUUUAAAUUCUCUCAAAGGGAAAAGUUGAAAAUUGCUUAGAUUAAUGCUGUUAUGCAGGCAGGAAGUGAAAAUUCAUUUUCCCUUCUAUGAGUUCUGUUUUCUUAAUUUGUUGGCUGACAAUCACUAAUUAGCAUGAUUAGGCAAAAGACAGUACCUAAAUUGGAUCCAUUGAAAUCUACUUUAGGAAUGACAACUAUUUUACAAUGAAAAAUACUGAUUACAAUCCUUGCUUUUUUCCAAACAAUCAAACAAAAAAUAGAGAAGCAAGCCAGAGUAAAACAAGUGAUUUUUUUUUUCUGUAAGAAGAUUACAGAAAAUCAGCAUUUAAAUAAAAAUACACACACACACACACACACACACACACACACACACGAAGCCAAACAAUUGAACUUUCCUCCAUCAAAGAGAAAGGGGAAGCUUCACUACAGUUCUUGUGGUGCAUUAGAAACAGGGUAUCCGUUUAAAAAAUAAAAUAUCAAUCAUUUUUAUAUUGGAUUAACUCAAUUCAGCCACCCUGAUUCUAAGUGAGAUCUAUGGUUCCCUUAACUGAUCUUUUUUUUUAAAAAAAAAAAAAGCAUAUUUUUUUAAAAUUGCUAAAGCAGUACCUUAUUUUUUAACAUAGUGGGGGGUGUGGGGAGGGGUUACCCAAGCAAAAGGCUGCUAUAUAUGCAACACGUCAAAGAGAAAGAUGGGAACUCAUCUGGUUAGCCACCAUAGAUACAGGGCUUGGUUUUCAGGAGAGUCAAACUACUUUCAACUCUCUUUGCCUUCAAAUGGAGUUUUUGGUAUUCUGAAUACCAGGCCCCAGAAAAGUAAUGUUUUUUUCCCUCUAUUUUGUUAAAAAAAAAAAAGGCCUCUAGCUUUUUAUUUUCUGUUCCACAUGCUUUCACAUUGCUGUUUACUUUUUGUGAGUGGCACACGAGUUUUGUCCUUGGAGAAGGGUGUCCCCAUUCAGAAAGGGGAGGGGGAAAAAACAAGCUAGCCUUAUUUUCUUCCUUUUUACACUGUUUCACUUUUUCUCUGAAUUCUUUGUACAAAUAGAGAUAACCCCAGGCACAAUUCAAUUGAAUAUGAAAUAAACAUGUGUUGUUUUGUUUCUGUAUACGUUCUGUUACACAAAAAAAGUCUCAUUUACUAUCAACAAUGAGGCUACAAGGUAGCUACCAUGUGGCUGAUGAGUAUGCUGAGGUACCUUCCGGUUUCUAUUCAGAACUCUGCUGCUUUAUUUAUACAUUUAGAAACAUUUUUGGUAUUAUUUUCAACAAAUAAAGUUAGACAAUUUCAGUGUUUUUUAUUAAGCCAGGCAGGCAACGAGUUAUCAGGAUGCCUGUCAGUUUAAACUGUUUUAAGUACAUUCUGUGUCAGAACUGUCUCAUUUUUUACCAUGCUACAAUGUUGACUAUUGUUUGAAAACCAAAAAAAAAGAACAAACAAAGAAGCAGAAGAAGAAAGACAAUGGAUCCUCUGAAUCCAAUAAACUAUCUUUCUUUCUUAUCCCCAAACUGAUGAAUUGGUACUUAAAGGCUCAUGAGUUACAGCUGAUGAGUUAUAAACAGUAAUAUAUCACCAGGUAAGAUAUAAUAUAUUUAAAAUAUAAAAAAAAGUUCAGAAAGGGGAAACCUUUAUUUGCAAGAAUCAAAGAUGAGAUAAAGGAAUAUGGAUGAAGUCUGUUCAGUGCAGCAGACCUGCCCCUUGGGUAUCAUCAUAACACAGAGAUGCCCAUUUGCUUCUGAAAACUGAAUCUGGUUUGCUUUAUAUUCUGCCUAACAAGGUUUUUAGGGGCAUUUUUUUUUAGAACCAUUCUAGUUGGUUCAAUAUCUAGGUCUUGCCAACUUAGCCUUAAAUAUCAUCUGGAAGGUUGCAGAAACUGCUCCAGAAGUCAAAGGCAAUGGUGUCUGAUGCAACUCUCUGGAAAUCAAAUCAAAUCUAUAAGUUGAACUGCAGGUAUACUUUCCAUCACACCUGAACUCUUGUAAAUAGUCUGAUUUAGAUAUUUGGUUGGGGGGGGGGGGGUUGUUUGGGAUUUUUUUUUCCUUUGGAAAAUAAGUAAUAAGAGGGGUGUCAGAAAAAUAUGCAUCAUGGCUGGAAUAUUCUGAAUACCCAGGAUAUUGGAUAACGGCUAUAAUGGAACUGAAUACAGUAUAAUAUGUAGCAUUAGCAGGUGCUAGUGACAAAGGCAGAGUCUAAUUCAGGGCACUAGAUCCUGGCUGUUCCAAAUGAAAUAAAAUGCUGAGGUAGUUCUCUGUCUUGCUCUACUGCUGGUUUUAUUAACACUUCAAUUAUGACAGCCAGCCAUAGAAUUUGGGAUGCCCUCACAGUCCCUACCAUUGAAAUAGACUCUUAAAAUGUCCCUAGCUGCUGCAUACUUGUAUGGUUCUGUUUGCCAAGGGAUUUAGACUGCCUUUUUAUGAUAAGCUGAGAAAACCAGUGUCAUGCAGAACGAGGCCUAUUUCAGAGCAGUUGCAUCAUGAUGUAUUAUUUUGUACUGUGGAUGCAUGCACAACUGUGGAAGAUGAGAGUUGGUGAUCAGGGAAGUGAGGGAUUCUGCAAUCGGCAUAAGCAUUAAAAUGGGUUUUUACAUGAGUAAAAAGCAAAUGAAGGGUUUUAUUUAUGUAUGUAUGUGUACCAAAAUUCAGCAAAUUUGAGGAAGCCUGCAUUGUAAUAAAGUUUAUUUUUAAUAUGUCAUAGUAUUUGGAUCUAUAUUAUGUUGUCUAUGGUACUGAAGGAUGAGAUUGAUACUCACUGUUUAACAAGUUGCCUUGGUUCAUCAUUUUAAGCUUAAUAGCACUUGUCAGCCAGCCUCUUCAUUUUAAUGCUGAGGUUGACAUGAGUAACACAGGUUUAAGCAGACUCUCUGCACUAUGUCUUCAGUAAGAGUCAUGCUAAAGAGUGAUAGUAGGCUUGAAGUAAUGAAUCAGUCUAUUUUUAGUGAUGAGACCAAAUGUGGUAGUUGAAGAUAAUUAUGUUGGAUCCACACAUGGUCAACAUUUCUUUACAAAACUUUAUUUAACAUGAAAUUGGUCUUAAUGUAAAAGAAGUGUCCUUGGGCGAGGGAUUUUCCAGGUCUUCUAGGUAGCCCAUACGAACUGAGGAAAUACUAAUGGUGUGAUGGAAAUGCAAAAGAUAACAACAAAACCACAGGCAGAUUAUUCCAGGGAACCUCUCCUUUCUGGUUGAUGACAUUUAUUUUCUCUCUAAUAAUGGUGAUUCCUUUCAUUUUCUAAUACAUGCACACUAACUAGUCAUGUACACACACUUUGUCAGAAGGAGGGGGUGUAUCAGCAGGACAUUUUUCAUAUUCUUCAACAAAGUGGAUUUCUGGAAUCAGCAAGAGGCAAAUGAGCGGCAUGGGUAAACAAGGAGAGAAUUAUUUUUCCUUCAGAAGAAGCACCACACUUCCACAUCAGUCAUACCAUCCAAAUAGACUGGAAUGCUGUCUGCACCCCUCAGAUUCAUCUUCAUGCCUCAGAGCAUGCAGAAGAGACCAGUUCUCUCCCCUUCGUUGAUGUUUUCUUUGUUAAAAAUAAACAUAAAAAAAUGACAAAAUGUACAAAAAUGGUUCUUGCUUCCCAUGAUGAGAAAAUAUCUUGUGUCUAUAUCAGUUAUUCUGGUUUUUAUUCCUCACCAAUGACAGUCAAUUUCCUUUCACCCUAAUAAAAUUUUGUAAUGAAGUGAAAAAUGUCAGCUGUUGAAAGGUCCACAAACCCAUUUUUCUUUAUAGGCCUCAAUCUCAGAAGGAAUUCAAUACCCCCAGAGAUCUAGGUCUGUUGAUUUAAAAAAAAAUCUGUCCAGUGUUAAUUGUAUUUUCAGUCUUUUGUUUUCUUUCUCAAGGAUGAAGAAUGUAUAUUUCUGGUGGAAUUUACCAUCAGUUAUAUUUUAAGAACCUCCCAAAAAUCAGGUUAAAGAGGACAGCAUGAUGGUAGCAUAACUACAGUUAUGCAUCCUAAAGUGGAAAAAAGCUGAGUAAAUCAUUUUCUUUUCUUGAGGAAAAAUAAAUUAUGUGGAAGAAGGAAGCAUCCAGUAUUUGUAAAGGAACUUUUAAUUGUUUUCCCCUUAAAGGAGAAUUAAAAGCUUCCAUCUUUAAGAAAAUCAAAAUAGUACUGAAGAUAGAUGACUCUCCUAUCAAGAAAAAUGUAUCACAUCCAUGAGACAGGGGUUCUUUCAAAUCUUUACAUCCUCACUAUUGCCAAAUUGUAGACUAAAGAACCUCUGGGAAACAGUAAAUUAUGAAUCUUAUUUAUAUGGGGAUCCUUGUGUUGAUGUCUUGGAGCUGUGUCUACUGCUAUUAUGUUGGUUUUUUUUAAUUUUUGUUUUCCAUUUGUACCACAACCCUAAUAGCUGCCAUUUUUCCACUCCUGGGGCUUUCUGUAGAUCAGUGGAUGUUAGGUUUAAACUUCUGUUUUCUUUGAUGAAGCUUUCAAUAAAAAAAUAAAGAAAAGCGA